AUGGCUAUGGUCACAGUUUCACAGUCUUUCAAUUCCAGUGGCUUCUUUAUUAGACAAGCCUCUUUAUUGCCAUCAUCUGCUUCGAGAGUUCGCUAUAGCAUCAAUGCUUGCAGGAGAUUGAGUUUGGAUUCACCUUCAAAAUCAUGCAGAUUCCGGAAUUUAAAUUCAAGGUGCUCAAUUACGAAUACUGACUUACACUUGAGCAAUGUUGUCACUGAGGAUGAGGCACCACAAGAUUUAUCAGCUGCUGCAUGUGAUUGUUCAACCCCUAUUGUUCAUCUCAAUACGGAUAUUCUUGAAUCUGAAUCUCUGAGUUUACUAGCUGAGACAACUUAUAUAGAUAGUGUUUUGACAGCAUUGCCUGUUUUAUCAGAGGAGGAGCAGAAUGCCCUUGCAGCAACUCCAGCCCAUCCGGUUGGAUUGUAUGCACUUUAUGCUAGUAGUCUGGCUGGAAAUUUAGUGGAACAGCUGUGGAAUUUUGCUUGGCCUUCAGCUAUUGCAUUGCUUCAUCCUAGCCUUUUACCAGUGGCAGUCAUGGGUUUCUUCAGCAAGCUUGCAAUAAUUGUUGGCGGCCCUUUGGUUGGCAAACUCAUGGACUAUUCUCCCAGAGUACCUGCAUAUAUCAGUUUAAAUGCUGUCCAGGCAGCUGCACAGUUGUUAUCUGCUACAAUGAUAAUUCAUGCACAUACUGUUUCUCCUACUUCUGCAUCAUCUGUUCUUCUUCGUCCAUGGUUUAUGGUACUUGUGUUAGCGGGGGCUAUCGAGAGGCUAUGUGGAGUAGCCACAGGGGUUGCUAUGGAACGUGAUUGGGUCAUACUGUUAGCAGGAAUGAAUAGGCCUAUUGCACUUGCAAAAGCAAACGCUGUUCUUAAUCGAAUUGAUCUUCUCUGUGAGAUAGCUGGAGCAUCAAUAUUUGGGAUUCUUCUUUCCAAGUAUGAGCCAGUAACUUGCUUGAAGUUUGCUGCCGCUUCAAUGAUCUGGUCGUUACCAGUUAUGGUUGGUCUCACAUGGUUAACCAACAAGCUUGCUGCUGGGGUUCUUGACCGUCCAAGAUCUUGUCAAACCUGUUGCAGAGAGUCUACUGAAGAAGCUGUGGUUGAUUCCGGCAGUAUAGUGGAUAGAGGUCUGGAAACUAUCAAGCUUGGUUGGAAGGAAUACAUGCAGCAGCCAGUUCUUCCUGCAAGCCUUGCCUAUGUGCUCCUCUACUUCAAUGUUGUUCUUGCUCCAAGCAGUUUGAUGACAGCAUUUUUGACACAGCAUGGAGUUAAUCCGUCUAUAAUUGGGGGCUUCAGUGGAUUAUGUUCUUUCAUGGGUGUUGCAGCAACGUUUCUGUCGGCCACCUUGGUCAAGCUACUCGGCAUUUUAAAGGCUGGAGCAGUAGGACUAGUAUUUCAGGCUUCUCUUCUCUCCUUAGCUGUUGCUGUGUAUUGGAGUGGGUCCCUUUCUCAGCAGAGCCCUGUACUCUUCUUCUUGGGAUUGAUUGUAUUAUCAAGGCUGGGACACAUGUCAUAUGAUGUUGUGGGGGCCCAGAUUCUUCAAACUGGGAUCCCAUCUUCGAAAGCAAAUCUUAUAGCUACAACAGAAGUUUCUGUUGCAAGUUUGGCAGAGUCUGUAAUGUUGGGAGUUGCAAUAAUAGCAAAUGAUGCUUCACAUUUUGGAUUUUUGGCGAUGCUAUCUCUUUUAUCAGUGGUUGGGGCAGCGUGGAUGUUCUGCCAUUGGUUGUUGAAUCCAACAGAUGAACAGCGAACUCUUUUUGCUGUUAAAUCUAACACAUGA